CUCUCUCUUCCUUUCGCUGUCGCGAAUUCGACUCUCCUCCCAGCUCUUGAGAUCGCGCCCUACUCGCUCGCUCUCCGCUCCGCCCCCGAGAUGGCGCCCAAGGUUCUAAUGGUCGCGGAGAAGCCCAGCAUCGCUCUCUCGGUAGCCUCGGCGCUUUCUGGUGGUCGGAUGUCUACACGGAGGGGCAGUACUGAUGUACAUGAGUUUGAUGGAAUGUUUCGGGGACUUCAUGCACAUUUCAAAGUGACAUCUGUUAUUGGUCAUGUCUUCAGUGUAGAUUUUCCACCAACAUACCAGAACUGGGAAGUGACUGAUCCAAUGGAUCUUUUCCAAGCACCAAUUUUGAAGUCAGAAUCAAACCCGAAGGCUCAUAUUCGUAGGCAUCUGUCUCAAGAAGCUAAAGGAUGCGGCUACUUGGUUUUAUGGUUGGAUUGUGAUCGUGAAGGUGAAAAUAUAUGCUAUGAAGUUAUUGACUGUACUGGAAUACAUGAAAACGAUGCUGGAAGAAGAAUUUACCGUGCUCGAUUUUCAUCUGUUACUGAGAAAGAUAUAUUGAAGGCCAUGGACAACCUUGUUGCACCCAACAAAGAUGAAGCAUUGGCUGUAGAUGCACGCCAAGAAAUUGAUUUGAAGGUUGGAGUAGCCUUUACUCGAUUUCAGACUCGCUAUUUUCAGGGGAAGUAUGGAAACCUUGAUUCUAGAGUCAUUUCCUAUGGCCCAUGUCAAACUCCUACUCUGGGAUUCUGUGUACAGCGUUAUAUGCAGAUUACUACAUUUAAGCCAGAAAAGUAUUGGUCUUUGAAUCCUUGUAUAAUAAAAGAUGGUUAUGAACUACGUUUAGAAUGGGAUCGUAACAAAGUAUUUGACUACGAUGUUGCCGUGAUGUUUCAAAAGCUGGUAUCUGAUAAUCAUACUCUAAAAGUGACAGAUAUUUCGACAAAAGAAGAGUGCAAAAAUCGCCCCUGUGGCCUUAACACAGUUAACAUGCUGAAGGUUGCCUCAAGCGCACUAGGGUUUGGACCUCAUAUGGCGAUGCAGUUAGCAGAGAGAUUAUACACUCAAGGCUUUAUCAGUUAUCCACGUACAGAGAGCACAGCAUACCCUUCAUCAUUUGACUUUAGAGCUGCACUUGGUGUACAACUAUAUAACCCUAUAUGGGGCAAUGAUGUGCGGGCACUACUAGCUGAUGGUUUUCAUAAGCCGCGAUGUGGAUUAGAUGCAGGUGACCAUCCUCCCAUUACUCCAAUGCGAUCGGCAACAGAGGACAUGUUAGGAAACGAUGCUUGGAGACUGUACCAAUACAUUUGUCAGCAUUUUAUCGGCACUGUUAGCCCUGAUUGUCAUUAUACAAGGACUAAAGUAGAAUUUGCAGCUGGUGGGGAGCUGUUUCACUCAGUUGGGCAACGUGUUACUGCUAAAGGAUUCACAUCUAUCAUGCCAUGGAUGGCAGUUGGUGAGAAGAAUCUUCCGCAGUUUACUAAGGGGGAGAAGAUUGAUAUUCUAAAAGUUGACUUAUACGAGGGCAGUACAUCACCUCCAGACUACCUCAGUGAGAGCGAGCUAAUUUCGCUCAUGGAAAAGAAUGGGAUAGGUACAGAUGCUUCAAUUCCUGUACACAUAAACAACAUCUGCGAGCGCAACUAUGUGCAGGUCAAUUCUGGAAGGAGGUUGGUACCGAUGGCCCUAGGGACCACUCUGAUAAGGGGAUAUCAAUGCAUUGAUCCAGACCUUUGUUUGCCAGACAUCCGCGGCUUUAUUGAGCAGCAGAUCGCCCUGAUUGCUAAAGGAAAAGCUGAUCAUAUCCAUGUUGUGCAGCACGUCCUUCAACAAUUUAAACAGAAGUAUACUUACUUCGUUAGAAAGAUUGAAAACAUGGAUGCUCUCUUUGAAGCACAGUUCUCACCCUUAGCAGACUCGGGGCGUCUGCUGAGCAAAUGUGGAAAAUGUACUCGGUACAUGAAAUACAUUUCUGCUCAGCCACAACGGUUAUAUUGUGUGACUUGUGAGGAGGUCUAUUACCUCCCUCAGAAUGGCACCAUAAAGCUUUACAAGGAACUUGCAUGCCCUCUAGAUGGCUUUGAGUUGGUGCUCUUUUCCAUGGCAGGCCCUGAUGGGAAGACAUUCCCACUCUGCCCCUAUUGCUAUAAUAGCCCCCCAUUUGAAGGAAUUGACAAACUGUUUGGUGCCCUCAAGCUUGGAAGUUCUGGAAAGAUAGGAAAGGGAGCGGGUAUGCCAUGCUUUCUCUGCCCUCAUCCAACAUGUCGACACUCUCUAAUAUCCCAAGGAGUUUGUGCUUGCCCUGAGUGCAGUGGUACACUUGUCCUCGAUCCAGUUAGUGCACCCAGAUGGAGGCUUUACUGCAACAUGUGCAACUGCCUUGUCUCCCUCCCACAGGGUGCUCAUCGAAUCUCAACUACAGGCAAGAAGUGCCCUGAAUGUGACUCAACAAUCAUCGAAGUGGACUUUAAUAAGAGGACAACACCCCUGAGCGAUGGAGCAACUUUACAUGUGGGUUGCAUCUUGUGUGAUGAGUUACUGCAUUCGCUCGUGGAGAUGAAGCAUGGCAAAUCUUUUUUCAGGCGCGGAAGAGGGAGAGGUAGAGGUCGAGGGAGAGCAAGCAGCAGGGGUAGGGGUAGGGGUCGCUCAAAAUAUGAGGAUCCAAAGAUGAGUUUCCGAGAUUUCUAAGCAGAGCAUGCUGUUUCGUUUUGGCUUGACAUCUCCUGUUCUUGAACCAGGAAAGAUGUUUUUAUCAAUGUACAACAUUGAUGCAAUGGAAUCUCAGGCCUCUAUCACCACAUCUAAAGGUUUUUUGCUUCCUGGAGCUGCAGAAUGGCAAGAUUUGAUGCUGGAAUCUUUGCUCUGUUAGGGCGCAUGAUUUAUAGUUAUGAAGUUCUCAAACGUGAUUUCAGUGUAAAACUAAAGGAUGUUGCUGAUACUAGAUGUCUGUCGAUGUAUUUCUAGCAACCAGACACGCCUCAAUGAUGUUCAGACACUCUGUAUCAUUCUUAUUGCAAUUAUAUGUGCUGUAUGGAUUUAUGACACAGCGAUUAUUGUAUACUUUUAGAAAAGUAAUAUAUUUUCAGAAAAGUAAUCUGAUAUUAA